AUGUCCGUAUCAACAAUUCCCUGGAACCAUUUCGGUCCUCACCAUUUUUUCCUGGAGAAACAGAAGGCCAAUAGCUAUUACCAGAACACCCUUCCGUCAGCACAUCUUCCCGCCCUAGGUCAUUCAAGACCUAUUUAUUCUGGUUCCAACAUGAGUCACUCUUCCAAUAUGAAUGCCCUUUCCCCCGAUGAGAUGGAGCGGUUCCAAAAGCUGUCCAAUGAAUUUGAGCCAGAUGUUCCGGGACCACUAGUCUCGCCUAAGCAAUCGAGCCAAGGUAUCGCCAUGGAAUAUGCCGAUGCGGACCCGACCUUUGCAACCAAAACAAAUGCUCUCUCAAUCACUCACCCCAUGCUCCGGGUCAUGAAAGGGGAUGGAAACUGUGGCUGGAGAGCGGUGGCUUUUGGAUAUUUCGAGACUCUUUUCAACCUUCGAGAUACCAUCCGGGUGCAGCGAGAGCGUGAGAGAAUCAAGUCCCUCAGUACUCUUCUAGACCAAGUCGGCCAGCAGGAAGAGCUAUACGAGAUCUUCGUGGACGCCACAGAGGAGAUCUUCGCGCAGACCCUGGAGGCUAUUCAGAAUGUUGAGCAGGACGAGACUUUCCUGGUCAAUGCGUUCAACGAUGACUACGGCUCGAGCGCGGUCAUCACGCACUUCAGACUGUUGACAAGUGCCUGGAUGAAAUUAAAUCCUCUCAGAUACCAAGCGUUUUUGUCUCUGUCAUUAGACUCAUACUGCGGCUCACGGAUAGAGACCGUCCGGACGGAGAUUGAUGAAGUUGGACUGCAAGCGCUGGUCGACGGUGUCAUUGAAGGAGCCGGCUUCGGGGUCGAAAUUCUAUAUCUUGAUCGAAGCGAGGGUGAUGUCGUAACGCCACACCAGCUAUCCCCGAUUCGUCCCCCCGAAGCCACCAUCCGCAUGCUGUAUCGACCUGGCCAUUAUGAUCUCCUCUACCGAGCCGAACUGCCUGCUGUCAACAUGGCACCCGUGGUCAACUUCCAAUACGGGAUGACUACUAGCUAUACCCCCUGGGACCAAGGCGCUCUCUCCUUUGACAUCAACUCACACUUAAUGUCGAUUCCAAACCUCACAGCGGACCCAGCAUUCGGUGGCAUGGGAGGUCCAAUGUCCCCCAUGCAAAGCCAUGCACCCAUGCCUCCAGGCUCCCCGGCCCCUCUCAGCUCAUACCGAGUCUCGCCCCCACAGGAGAUGUACCAGUCCCCCAUGCAGAGCCAUGCACCAAUGCCUCCGGUCUCAUCACCUCCACCCGUCCUGCCAUCUGCCCCGCCACCCAUGACCGUCUUACCCAGUCGGUCAUCAGACGGGCCUCAGAUCCGUUUGAACCCCUUGGUCAUGAAGCCCAAUUUGAGCCAUUCACUGCCAGUGACUACCCCGUUCAAAAAUAGCUCGCCCUACAACCAAGCCCAUUUCCAAAACUCGGACUUUGAACCCAUACAUUAUGCACCGCAUGAACAUCAUCACAAACGAUGA